CGUUCGUUACCUCGAAUAUACAGCAGAAAGAGUUACAUCACGAUUUCACAAACGCAGCAAUCGGAGCAAACAAUAUCCCAGAUUGGGUGUUUUCGCGCUGUGCAGAGUGUGUAAAACGGCCAUACUCGAUAGCGUAGUUGCUUUCAUUCCGAACCAGUUAGCCAGGCCAAGUGAUCCACAAUCAUCACCGAGCGGUAGCGAAAAGUGCGCCGUGUGCGUUUUCUAGCAUGCUGUAGCGCAGAGGAAGAGAACGCAACGUUCAGGACGUCAUCGUCCUGUGUAAUCAGCAUUACUCGAAGGAUAUUGGGCAGCUUCCUCGGCGCGACAAAGUAUGACCGAAUCAAAGCAGUUCGUUGCUUAGCACCAGUACGAAGGAGAAAGAAAGAGUUCCCAUUUCGAGUAGAUAAGGUUGGGUGCACACCGCGAGGAAAGUUCCACAUUCGCGAUCCCUUUCCCAUCGCUUCUUUACCCGUAGCCGUGUGACGUUGGCCGUGUUAAAUGAUUUAUUUUUGAUCAGUUCCCGCGAAAAAAGUGCUUAGUUUGUUAUCAUUUUGAGCCUGUUUUAUCCAUACCAUUCAUUCAUUUCACCCAGAACGGGAGUGUUGCUAAAGGUGUUGAAGGAUUGAAUCUUUCGUACCCUGUUGUCGCUUUCUUUUCGUCAUCCUAGCGCUACAACUGAGCGUGACUCGUGAAGUGGAAACGAAGAAUCGAACUUAUCUUUCCUAGCGUAUACGACGAGCGACCGGAUUAGGAAAAGAAUACGGUUUUAAAAGUAUUAUGUUUGUAGCGUGUGUAACGAGCGAAUUGGAGCUUUGCUUGAUAAAAGAUCCUCAUUCGAUUCGCAACGAUCGGUUGUGAAAUUUGUUGCAAAAAACAGCCGAAAAGAAUUGUCACGUGUCGUGAUCGCUCUUCCUCUCGUUUCGUGAUUAAUACCCUGAUCCACUGUCACCGUUUGCCACCGUUCGUCCACCGAUGGCAACCUACCUGAAUCGCACACUGUCGAUGGUAACCGGCAACGGAAACGCUUCCAUGUACGAAACGGCCGCCCUUAUCGAUCCGAACGCACGGACGCUGCACAACAACGCGACGGACGUGUCACCGCUUCAGAUCUUCGUACGAGCCAAAAAGAAGAUCAAUGAUAUCUUCGUCGAGAUCAAUGAUUAUGUUGUCGAAACGACCGGGUUCAUCGAGGAUCUACCCGCAGCUACUGAAAUCGUGGACAAAGCGGAAGCAGAACAGUUCAAAAGCUAUGUGCUCAAGGUGCGAGGAAUUAGGGAGGUGUUGGCAAGAGAUAACAUGAAGGUGGCGUUCUUCGGGCGUACAUCCAAUGGCAAAAGCUCUGUCAUAAAUGCAAUGUUACGCGAUAAAAUACUUCCGAGUGGUAUUGGGCAUACGACUAACUGCUUCUGCCAGGUGGAGGGAAUUGAUGGACAAGAGGCGUACCUGGUGAAGGAGGGAAGUGACGAGAAGCUGAACGUAACGUCAGUGAAACAAUUGGCAAAUGCGCUGUGCCAAGAGAAGCUGUGCGAAAGCUCGCUGGUGCGAAUAUAUUGGCCACGCGAACGUUGCAGCUUGUUGCGGGAUGAUGUCGUGUUUGUUGAUUCACCCGGUGUGGACGUAUCGCCUAAUCUCGACGAUUGGAUUGAUAACCACUGCUUGAAUGCAGACGUUUUCGUGCUGGUGUUAAAUGCUGAGUCUACAAUGACUUUGGCGGAAAAAUCCUUCUUUCAUGAAGUGUCGACACGGCUAUCGAAACCGAACAUUUUUGUGCUGAAUAAUCGAUGGGAUGCUUCCGCGUCGGAGCCCGAAUUCCAAGAAUCGGUUAAAGCUCAACACCAGGAACGUUGCAUAGAUUUCCUAGUUAAGGAACUGAAGGUAGCCACACCGAAAGAGGCCGAAGAGCGCGUAUUUUUCGUGUCGGCCCGCGAAACACUGCAGGCACGGCUGAAGGAACAGGAGGGCCUUCCACCGAUCGCUGGUGCACUUGCGGACGGCUUUCAGAAUCGGUACUUUGAGUUUCAGGACUUUGAGCGCAAAUUUGAAGAAUGCAUUUCGAAAAGUGCAGUACGGACCAAGUUCGAACAGCACAGCUCGCGGGGCAAAAACAUUGCUAGUGAUAUGCGCAUGAUGUUGGACAGCAUCUACGAGCGGGCGAACGUGUUGCGCAACCAGAAACUCGAACAGAAGAAGCGGCUGACGGAUCGUAUUGCAAACACGGAAACCUCACUGAUGCAGGUAACGCGCGAGAUGAAGAUGAAAAUUCACACGAUGGUCGAGGAGGUUGAACAGAAGGUGGCGAAAGCAUUAAACGAAGAAAUCUGGCGGUUGAACGUGCUGGUGGACGAGUUCAAUCUGCCGUUCCACACGGACCAGCUCGUACUGAAUGUGUACAAGAAGGAAAUCAAUGCGCACGUCGAGAAUGGGUUGGGAUCGAACUUACGCGCACGGCUUAGCACGGCACUGGCGAUGAAUGUGGAAACUGCACAGCGUGAAAUGACGGGCCGUAUGACAGCGUUGCUACCCUCGGAAAAGAUGGCUGCCCAGCAGCAUCAGGUGAUCGUUCGCACCCAACCUUUCGAGAUGCUAUAUACGCUCAAUUGCCAGAAUCUGUGCGCUGAUUUCCAGGAGGAUCUGGAAUUCCGGUUCUCCUGGGGUAUUCGGGCCAUGAUUGCACGAUUUAAUGGUAAAAUUAGAGCUAAUAACCGGAAAGCGAUCAAGUAUCAGCGACAGGACAGCAGAACGAAUAUGUCACAGGUUCUUUCUCCAACCUCACCGAUGUGUCUUAUGCCAGAAAAUGAGUUGAUAACCAACGAGCAACUGUCGGUAAUUUCAAAGGUGGCCAUUGCCUCGAUAGGAUCGCAGGGAACACUCGGUCUUGUGGUGGCUGGUUUGAUGUUAAAAACCAUCGGGUGGCGAGUAAUUGUCGGCGCAGGUGUAAUAUAUGGCAGCGUUUACCUAUACGAACGAUUGUCCUGGACGAACACGGCAAAGGAACGAAACUUUAAGAAUCAGUACGUAGAACACGCAACACGUAAACUGAAGCUGAUCGUCGAUUUGACCUCGGCCAACUGUAGCCAUCAAGUGCAACAGGAACUGUCCAGUACGUUUGCCCGCUUAUGCCGCGUAGUGGAUACCGCCAGCACGGAGAUGAACGAAGAACUGAAGCAAAUCGAAAGCUCCCUUGCAGUGAUCGAAACUAAUCAGAAACAAAUCAAGCUACUGAAAAAUAAGGCCAACUACAUCAUGAAUGAGCUGGAAAUUUUCGAUAGCAACUACAUCAAAGCGAACUAAAUCGUUUCUUUCGCAUCAUCUUUAAUCCCGUAGUUGUACGAUCUACGAUUAAAUGUUUCAUUCGCCAGAUCGAUUGUUCAUCGUUCGGGAAUAUCGAAUGCAUCCUCAAACAUCAUAAACAUGUGAUUAUAUUUCAUCUCUCGUUUGUACAAAUCGAGUCCAGAUAUUUUUCAGCUAGAAAAACCUCUUAGGUUGCUAUGAAAACGCUUAGUUGUUGAGCAGCAUCUCUUUUUGCGGUGGAAGGAAAAUCCGUCUGUUACCGUACUAACACGGUAUGAUUCACUUCAUCUUCUAUCAACAGCCCGAUCCACCGAUGGUAUACACCGUCUAUCGAUUGUUUCAAAUAAGCAAUGGAAGUGGGCUCGAGAAAUGAAACCAAACGCUUUUAGAGGAUGCGUUAGCAGUAGUUAGCAAACGGAAUGGAGGGUGUGGUUUGGAA